CUCGACACGGGUGUCUGUUCACUACUUAUCUAUACUACUGCUAUACACUGAUGUAGAGAUGUACCCUAUCACGGAAUGUUCAACCCCAAUGAUGGGAAACAGUCGCCUUAUAAGAACCCUGCUUCCUCUUUAAAAUGCUGGUAUGCGCUUUCGAACAACAAUUCGCUAACAGCUGCAGAUCUCUUGCACACCAUGCGCAUGAUCUCCUCGCUGUGUGCGGCAGCACUGCUUCUCCAGAGUGCGCUGACCGUAACCAUCCCCGAGAUCAAUGGCGACCGAUACGUUUCUUCCUACAAAGGAAAAAGUGUCUCCGGUGUCACGGGCCUUGUCACAGCUAAAGGUUCCAGCGGGUUCUACAUUCGCGCCACGGAUGCCGAUUCAGACUCCCGGACCUCCAACUCUAUCUAUGUGUAUGGUAGCAGUGGAGUGUCGAAAGUCACGGUCGGCGACAUUGUCACCCUGAGUGGAAAGGUCGCAGAUUACCGAUCCUCGUCCAGCUACGUCUAUACCACUGAGAUCGAGUCUCCAUCCGACAUCGAGGUGCUGUCCAGCGAUAACACCGUCACUCCCAUCGUCAUCGGAAAGGAUGACUUGGAUCCUCCUACUGAGCAGUACUCUUCCCUGGACAAUGGCGAUGUCUUCAGCCUACCCGGCGGUUCUAGUCGGCUUUCCACUAAGAAUCCUGUUUUGGACCCAACUGAGUAUGGCAUGGACUUCUGGCAGAGCCUGAGUGGUGAACUCGCUACUUUGACCGGACUCACAGCCAUCAGCAAGGCCAAUUCAUAUGGCGAUACUUGGGUAAUUGGGGACUGGCCGGUGACGGGCAAGAAUGACCGGGGCGGGCUGACCAUGCAUGCAAAUGAUUCCAACCCGGAAUCCAUCGUCAUUGGCUCUCCGUUGGAUGGGACCAAGAAUCCAACUGAUACCAAACUGGGAGACACCCUCGAGGACAUAACCGGAAUCAUCACACAAGCAUAUGGCUUCUACGCGUUGCUACCCCUGACUGCCUUGAAGAAGACCGGGUCCAACACCACGGAGGCCACGGCAACGACCCUCAAAGCGGACGGAACCUGCAGCUCCAUCACUGUCGGAGAUUACAAUGUGGAUAAUUUCUCUCCGGACUCGACCACCAUGAGUGGGAUUGGAGGGCAUAUCGCCAAGUAUCUGAACAGUCCGACCGUCCUGUUUCUACAAGAGAUCCAGGACAACAGCGGUGCAACUGAUGAUGGCGUCGUCUCCGCCAGCCUGACACUGUCCAAGCUCGCUAGUGCGAUCGAAGAGCACGGCGGAGUCGCGUACAACUACACUGACAUCGACCCGGAGAAUGACACGAGCGGCGGAGAACGCGGCGGUAAUAUCCGACCAGCGUACCUCUAUGACCCAUCGGUGGUACGACUGCGAAACUACAAUCCCGGAUCCAGCAAUGACUCCACCUCCGUCCUCUCCGACGGCAGCCUAAGUUACAACCCAGGUCUGAUUGAUCCCUCCAACGAGGCCUGGGAUGACAGUCGCAAGCCAUUGGUAGCCCAAUGGGAGACUCUGGAUGGCAAGAACACUUUCUACACAAUUAACGUGCACUUCACCUCCAAAUAUGACAGCACUUCGCUGGAGGGCGAUCCGCGACCCCCCGUCAACGGAUGGGUGGAGAACCGCGUGGACCAGGCUAAAGUGGUUGCUAAAUUUGUUACCUCCAUACUGGAGGUCAAUUCCGAUGCGAAAAUUAUCACCGCUGGUGACUUUAACGAGUAUGCGUCUGUCGAGCCUCUGGAGGUGUUUGUCUCCGAGUCCAAGCUGCAGGACCUGGAGGACGUUACUGGCAUUCCUGCGACUGAGAGGUAUACCUAUCUGUAUAAUCAGAACUGCGAAUCAUUAGACCACAUGUAUGUGAGUUCCGCGUUGACGUCUGGGGCCAGAAUGGAGCACAUUCAUGUCAACACGUGGGUGUCGACAGACGAUGAGUUAUCGGAUCACGAUCCUACCGUGGCUCUGUUCAACAUGUGCGAGUAAGCACCGCCAGCUGUUUCUCUUUCCAUAUGCUUCGAACCUUCUAUUCAGAGGCAAGCAGUCGCAAGCCCAUGCUUGAAUGAGAAGGGUCCGCAACCCCGAUCUGAUCGAGCUAAGACACAUGGCAGCACAAUAAAAUCUUUUAUCAGUGGAGCUACAACCCCCAUCGGACAAGAAAUACUUUAAUAAUUGAGUUUUUCUUGUCUCCAAAUAUUGAUUAAUCUCGUAUUGCCGCGUAGCGAUGUUUUCCUGGCAUGGUUCGUUUCAUUUUUAUUGCUUCAUCUGUGCGGCUCGACCCACUGCCGCAUCCGGAGUUCAUGACUCAGGCACACUGUUCAUGCCUGAGGCAGGAAGCAGAGACACAGCGAAUGUAUUCACGUUAUGUGAAAAGCUAGUUAUACUAUGCAUUAGGAGACUCAUGUGGAAUUCUGCGGGGGACUUGUUGUCUUACUUGUACCUCUGGACGAGCUGCAUUGAUGGAAAACACGAU